UCUUUCCCAUGUACCUCCUCGAAAGACACCGGCCACUGCAUCAUGUAAGCGAAAUGACUGUUUUAUGGUUUACUUCAUCCUGUAAUAUAAGCGCAUCCUGUUUGGAAGACACUUUUGAAUGAACAACAUUUACCGUAAACCCACGUUACAUACUACAUCCUGUUUGGGUUUAGUACUUUUCCUCCACAUGAGUCAUUUUUCUAAGAGACUGUGACCAGAGCAGCCGGCGGACACCGGAGGAGCCUGAUCCCCCUUCACAUCACACGGAGAUCUCGCUGCAACACGAGACCAGCAAACCCCGAGACCUUAUCACCAUCACCACCAUGUCGGUACCGCAGGCGCGCGAGGGGGCAUCCUCCCUACAAUUAUGCAGGAUCAUGCGGCCAAACGACGCCAACAUUGUGGGCAACGUCCACGGCGGCAUCAUCCUCAAGAUGAUUGAGGAAGCUGGAUGCAUCAUUGGCACGCGCCACUGCAACACACAGAAUGGGGACCGCUGUUUGGCAGCUCUGGUUCGGGUGGAGAAGACAGAGUUCCUGUCCCCCGUGUUCAUUGGCGAGGUCGCCCACGUCACCGCUGAGAUCACUUACACCUCCAAGCACUCACUGGAGGUGCAAGUCAAAGUCAAGGCUGAGAACAUCCUCACAGGUAACGAAAAGCUGGCCAACAAGGCAGCGCUGUGGUAUGUCCCCUGCUCUCUGCAGAAUGUCGACAAGAUCAUGGAGGUGCCACCGAUCAAGUAUGCUAGUGAAGAGCAAGAGGAGGAGGGCAGAAAGCGCUACGAGGCUCAGAAGAUGGAUAGACUGGAGACCAAAGCGAGGAUUGAAGAGGUGGUACCACCUCCACCCAACCAAGAGGAUCUACUGAAAGAACAACACACAGUUGGCUUCAGCCAGUCCAGUCUGAUCCAUUUGGUGGGCCCUUCUGACUGCACACUGCACAACUAUGUUCAUGGAGGUGUGACCAUGAAGCUGAUGGAUGAGGUCGCGGGCAUUGUGGCUGCUCGGCACUGCAACACCAACAUUGUCACUGCCUCUGUGGAUGCCAUCAACUUCCAUCGCAAGAUCAAGAAAGGCUGUGUGGUGACGGUGACGGGGCGCCUCACAUUUGUCAGUAACAAGUCUAUGGAAAUUGAAGUGCUGGUCGAUGCUUCCUCGCUGGUGGACGCAGAGAAAGGGAAAUAUCGUGCAGUCUCAGCCUUCUUCACUUUCAUCUCCCUGGACAAGGACAAUAAGCCUCUGCCUGUCCCUCCUCUUAAGAUUAACGGAGAGGAGGAGCAGAGACGUUUCGAUGAGGGCAAAGCUCGCUACCUCCAGAAUAAAGCGAAGAGACUCGCAGAUAAGGAGCGCCAGCAGUGACGCCGCUGCUCACCAGAGUUAAACGCCUGCAACAACAGUGUAUCAACCCCACACAACACAUACAGUAUGAAGGGAAUAAAAACCCUCUCUCCUGUUCUGUAACUGUAGCCUCCUGUAAAACAUAAACCUGUGAUUAUUAUUUUUUUCCUGUGCUAUGCACCAAAGUGUCCACAUAUAGCUAUAUGUAUGUAAAAGUAAGAGUGCAUAUUUUUAUUGAUGUAUGAAGACUAUUUAUGAUCACUGUGCAAAGUGACAGUCUGACUGUAUGUAGAAGUAAGAGUACUAUUUUAUUUUAAGAAGAUUUUCAAGACUUGAUGAUCAGUGUCAAAAAGAUGGAAAAUGAUGAAUAAGUGAGUGAAUAAUAAUGAAUUAAAGAUCCAAGCGUGAGUCUGGGGCUCUCGCCUCGUGUCCUUGCUAGUUUUGAUGAUGAUGAUGUCAUUGUCUUGGGCAUGCCUUGGCAGAGAGGGCACACGCUAUCUAUCUUUUCAGCACUGUGUCUUUCACAGAGAAAUCAGGGGAGCUUGGGGGCUUUGACUCAACUCGCAUCUCUCCCACGCCCGCCCUUCCCCCUCCCUUCCUCUCUCCUCCUCCUCUGCCUGUCUGUCACACUCUGACUCCAGCAUUUGCUCUGCCUUACCAUGCUUUCCUUUCCCUCUCCCGCUUACCGCCAUGUCCUCAUCCGUCUCCGUUCUCUUGCAAUGUCACCCUCUUCUUCCUCUCAUUCGCUCCAUUUCUCCCUAUGUCUCUACCAGUCUUCUCACCCUCUCACUGUCUUUGUGUCCAGAUGCGAUGUGAGGCCUCGUAGGUACCAGAACUUGAAAGAAAUGUGCCAGUAUGGGGAUCUUUCUCUUUGCAUAUCUCCUGGGUUUGUGCAUGUGUGCACAAAGAAAGAUCAGAAAGAUGAAUUGGGGUCAGCCGUAGCCAGCGAGAAAUCAAUAUCCAUAUGGGCAAGCCGGGACUGAAAAGGCUGUGAUUAUUAACCAGCCAUAAAUACUCCUGUUCAAAUAUUUAGCAGCAUUGGUUUUUCAUUUGGGUAUUGAGAUCACUCUUUUUUUCCAAAUAUUUUAUUUGCAUUUCUUUUAAAAAAUAACAUGCAAACACACAUAACAGACAUAAAGUACACAGUACCAUUACACAAAAUAACAGCAAAACAUACAAAGAAACAAUGUCUGAAGCUUCCAAAAGCCUUUCAAAGGCUGCCAGUUGACAGCAGUGUUGGAAAUUGAUCCUUUUGCCAAUAAAGCAUCAUGGGGUGAGAGAAAAAUAUAUAUUUCUAAAUAAAAUUAAAAAAACAUAUGUGGGUGGACACUACCAGAAUAAUGUCAGUAUGCAGUAUAUGGCAGAAUUUACACAGAUAGCACAGUAACAGUAUUGAGAACACUCUUAGACGUGAAUCUGAUUUGUCAGGAGGAGUAGGUAGGCUCCAUCCUGUGCAACAGAUUGCAAGGACUAAUUUGAGAUCAAAACCAAAGUGAAAUUAAAAGAUUAAAGCCCAGUGAGCAAGCCACACAUGUCUAAACCUUAGUAAAAUGUUUUUUUGUUUGGACCUUUGCUCCUCCUUGUAUGUUCUCUUACACAGACAGGAACUGAUUUG